CGCAUUAAAGGACACAGCACAGCAGAAGCAUCUGAACAUCAGAAGUGUGGAUGUAUUAAAACACUUGCGUUCAGGCAUGGCUGUGAGCUACAUUCUCUCCUACUUGAUUGUGCUUCUCCUGUGCAUUGUCGGAAAUGGGCUUGUCUGCCUCGUGGUCAUCAGGAAUCGCAACAUGCGAUCUGUAACGAACCUCUUCAUCCUCAACCUGGCCAUCAGUGACUUGCUGGUGGGCGUGUUCUGUGUGCCCACCACGCUGAUUGACAGCCUGAUCUCGGGUUGGCCUUUCAGCCAAAUGACCUGCACGAUGAGUAACCUUGUCCAGGGAAUGUCAGUGUCUGCCUCUGUCUUCACUCUGGUUGCCAUAGCAAUAGAUAGGUUUACGGGCAUCGUUUAUCCUUUUCGCCAUCGUCUUAGGCCAGUCUCCGCAUUCUUCGCCAUCGUCUUCAUUUGGCUCCUCGCUUUUGCCAUCAUCAUUCCUUCAGCCGCGACACUAACCGUCAUACAUGUGGAUGACGUUUACAUGGUCCAGGAUAACCGGAUCUACCCACUGUCUGUGUGUUUCGAGGACUGGCCAAGAGCCGAUAUGAGACGGGUCUACACCACUGUCAUGUUCAUCCACGUGUACCUAGCACCGCUCGGUCUCAUAAGUAUCAUGUACGGCUGCAUCGCGGCCAAGCUCUCCAACAACCUGCGUGAGAAUCGAGGUCGUUCCAGGAGAAAGAUGAAGGUCGUAAAGAUGCUCAUCAUGGUCGCCGUUCUCUUCAUGGUGUCCUGGCUCCCACUCUGGACUUUAAUGCUUCUGACAGAUUAUCAGGAUCUGGACAGAGAACAGAUCGACUUCUUAAGUAGCUAUCUUUUCCCUGUAGCACACUGGCUGGCGUUCUUCAACAGCGGCGUUAAUCCGAUCAUCUACGGCUUCUUUAACGAAAACUUCCGCAGGGGCUUCCAGGCUGCCGUGGCCUGCGGUUCAUGCAAUUCUGUUGUUUCUGAAAUGCUCCACACGCACUUCGCUCUCCCGCCUCCUAACAAGGUAUCAGACAGGAGCAGAGGCAUCGCUAGCGUGCAGAAGGAGCGCUGUUUCGCUGUGAUGCCCAGAAGAGCCGCUCAUGGCGUUCAAGGAAUUCUCCUAGAGGACAUGAAUGGAAUUACAACUGCUCACAAAGUACUAGGGGCUUGGAUGGAAUGAGCUUUGAAAAAUGGAAGAAAAUCAGUGACGCCUUGAACGAUAAAUGACUAAAUGUAAAUGAUAGACCCUUAAGUUUGAGGUAUAAGUUAUAAUUCAUUUGGUUACAGAUAAGAUUUAGUAUAACAAUGCUGUGUGUCUAAGUGUCUAUGAAAGUGCAUCCAAUAAAAAUAUAUGUUUUUUUUUGCAAAUACUGGUUCAUCAGAAAACAAGUGCCUUGUCUGCAGUGCAUAUCUGUAACACGAAUAUUGUUUUUUACUAACACAAAACUGAUUAUUCUGAAGAACUGACUUUAUUUUUAACAGCAAAAAUGCUGAAACAAUCAUUGUCCGUUUUAACAUACUCACAUUCUGAAGGAUUUACAGUAAAUUGAUUAUGGGUUCUUUCUUUUUCAUCAGCUGUGGAAGAUUUUUACAGUGUUUCAAAAUGGCAGUGUCCUCGCUGGGUACAUCAUAAGAAAGCCACAGGAAACGGAUUGACAAUAAAAACCUGAAUGUGAAUAUUUACUGUGAAUAUUUAUAGCAGGGAUUUUGUGUGACAUGUAAGAGGCACAGAACAUAUUGUCACGUGUUGUGGCUCAUGAUGUGUUGUUUCAGCCCAGUCAAAGCUUGUGCUGCUGUAAGCUUCAGGUGUUAUUGCCUUUAAAUCUUUUUACUGUUGUGUUUUCCCAAAUAAUGUUUUCAGAUGGAAAGUAAAUAUUUAUUUACUUCCUAAUCGUAUAGAAAUGUUUUCUUUUAUUUUGUAAUUUAUUUCAAACUAUAGGCUAUAUGUAU